GAGGGGGAGAAUGGCUUCUGGGUUUGAGUUCACAGUACUGGAAAACUGUGCUCUGCUGGGAAAGCGUGCGUUUGAACUUGGCAGCGAACUCCUAAGAAUCCAAUUCUAUCUGCAUAGUAACAAAAUCAAAGGGAGAAGAGAAAUCCAGAGAAAGAGAGACGGCCUCAAAUAAAAGGCCUCACAGACAGGAAUCAGUCCCCCGCCCCCCCAGAUAUUUCACCUCCUUCUCUCUCUCUCUCUUUCUUUGUUUCUCUCUCUCUCUCUUUCUUUGUUUCUCUCUCUCUCUCUCAUGCCUUAGUUUAGAAGAACCCCACAAAGGUUUUGCUGUUUGCAGUGGCUGAAACUCAUGCAGUAGUGAAGCAUCAAGUCGAGAAGGCAUGUAUAAGAACCAGCUGCAAGAACUAGCACAGAGGAGUUGCUUCAAUCUUCCAUCAUAUGCGUGUAUCAGGGAAGGACCAGAUCAUGCGCCGAGGUUCAGAGCUUCUGUGAACUUCAAUGGCGAGAUCUUUGAAGGGCCGAGCUACUGCACAACUCUGAGGCAGGCUGAGCACGCUGCUGCUGAGGUAGCACUCAACACUCUCUCCACAAGAGGCCCCCCCAAGUCUCUGGCUGCAAAAGUGCUUGAUGAGACUGGAGUCUACAAGAACUUACUUCAAGAGACUGCUCACAGAGCAGGCCUAAACCUGCCUGUAUACACCACUGUGAGAUCAGGUCCAGGCCAUAUGCCUGUGUUCACUUGCACAGUGGAACUUGCUGGCAUGACCUUCAAUGGUGAUCCGGCAAAAACCAAGAAACAAGCGGAGAAGAAUGCUGCAAUGGCUGCCUGGUCUGCUCUCAAACAAUUGCCAAAUUUGAACUCUUUGUUUCAAAUCAGCAAGGAGUCUGAUAAUGGUGAAGAGCAGGAACAAGUAAUUGUGGCCCGGGCUCUCUCUUCUCUGAGACCCAAAGAUGAGACCAACAAAGCAGUACGGCAGAGGGAACACCAACAGAAUCUGGUCAGGAAAAGGAUGAUGAUGAACUACAAGGAUAAAUACCUAAUUCAUUCUCAGACUUCUCUUCAAUGUCAGCAAUGGGGGUCACCAGAUUUAUUGUCAGAACUACCAUCCUAUGCUACUCAGCAGCAGCCACAUCAACAAGGUGUUUUCGUAUCCAUCUCUGCUCCUCGAGCAUGUUCGAAACUUCUACCACCUGUGAACAUCUACCACCACCAACAACAAAAACCUAAAGAAUCGCCAUCUCAAUCGAGCGGAUCAGUUUGUUCAAAAGAAGCAGCAGCACCACCAUCUCUUGCUCUAAAUCAAACUAGAGCAAUUCCUGUACAGAUUAGGAGCAAACCCCAGGUCAGAGCAGAGGAGGUUCCUCCUCCAAUUGAAGAACAUCAGAGAGACGAAGAGGAAUGGCUUAAUGGUAGGAAGACAGAACAGCAUGUUCCAUCCAAAGCCAUUGAAAAAGAAGCAAACCUCAGUUGCACGUCCAAUGCUUUCAGGCCUAAACCCAAUUUCUCUAAGCCGUUUUUGCCAUUGAACCUCCAGCCUGAGCAGAACACUGAACCGACCUUGAUAAGAUCACUUAAAAAUUUCAGGGUACCAGCUCCACCACCAAUGGCUCAUAGGUCUCCAAUCCUUCCUCCAAGGAUGUUCUGUGGUUCAGACUUCCCUUCUCAUGCAAUGGCUCCUGCUGUUCAUAUACGCUCCGUGAUACCAGUGUGUGCUGCUCCACCAGUCAGGCCUCCUUCCCCUUCUCCUCCUCCUCCUCCUCCUCCAGAACAAGUACAGAAGCAAGAAGCAUCUUGUUCAAAUGCACAGGACAUCUCACAGGCAGCUUCAAAGAUGAACAGUCUCUCCAUAUAAACCACACCAUACUGAUGAUGGUUUCACAUCAGCGCCACUACCAUCAAAUGCUGCAACUGUGUUAUGAGUAUAAACCUAUAAAAUUGUGUUUAGAUUUUGAAGACCCA